AUUCCAAAAGUAAUACGUACUUGCAAGCAUUCCACCUCCGGCCCAUGGGGUGGCCCGCACCACCCCCAAAUCUUGCUGGGGGUGGUCUGGUGUGGCCGGUGAGCCACACCUUGGCCCAUGGCUUUCACUUUUUUCCCCUCUCCCCCAAAUUCUCUCACCCCCUCCCACCCACCACCACAACCGGCCACCACCAUCCAGUACUGCCGGCCACCACCAUCCAGUGGCUGCAAAGCAAACUCGCUGCCGCCCACCACUAGCCCUUUCCCCUCUCUCUCUCAAACCCCUUAAAACUCUUCCCUCCACCCUCUCCCACCAAGCAGCACCUUCAACCCCCACCAAGGUCUGAAGGGCCCUGCCUUUGAGAGGUUCCCUGACAAAAAAAAAAAAAAAAUCCGCCCCCACCGAACGACGCCCACACCAUCCGCCUUUGCCCAACACAAGAAAUGCCCACCCACUGUGGCACUAGCUAGAUCUACGAAAGUAUCGAGUGCAUAGGAUCUUUGAGUCCAAAAUCACCACACCGGGGGCUCACCUACAGUGAUGAGCCUGGAGUGGUAUAUGAGUCAACUCAUGGAUGGGAGAGUAGAUAGUUGAUUUUGUGGGAUUGGAGCCAAGUUAGAGCCAGAUGAUGCCUAAUAUUCAUUUAUAUGUUUUCUGAAUAGUUUAUCUUUUCUGGAGAUGGAAUGCAUGUUCGUGUCAAUGGACACUUGAAGAGCUUUGUCGUGUUGGGUUUCUUCUCCCUAGCUCAAGUCUGAUCGUUUCUAUUCACAAAGAAACAAAUUAUGCAAACAGCUUCCCAUUUUCAUUCAUUCUUGUGCUUCUCUAACAGUUUUAAUACUUGCAGAAGAAACACCACCGUAAAACCAGAUGGGUGGAUGAAAAUGCAUACCCCUCAUUUAAAAAAGCUUACUAAUAGAGAAGUUCACCAUCCAGGAAGACAUAAAUCUCUCGUGACUGUGCCACCGACCAGAUUGUGUGCAAUUGCCAACACUGAUGAUGGUUCCCCCCCAUCUGUCCCUGUGUUACAAGAAUAUACAAAUACAAACCAUAUACCCAAUUCGGAAGCAGAAACCUUUCUCAGCAAAUGGUCACCACCCAGGUAUCUGUGGAGGGGAUUGUCAGUUCUUAUCCUGGCAGGACAGGUUAUUAUCAGGACUCUAAAGGGAAAAGUCCACUGGAGGAAUACUCUGCAACAGCUGGAGAGAGUUGGGCCAAGAUCAGUUGGGGUCUGUCUUCUAACAUCAGCUUUUGUUGGGAUGGCUUUCACGAUCCAGUUUGUUAGAGAAUUCACCAGAUUGGGAUUAAACAGAUCUGUUGGUGGGGUAUUAUCUCUGGCUUUCGCAAGGGAGCUGAGUCCUGUCAUUACAUCAAUUGUUGUUGCUGGGCGUAUUGGAAGUGCAUAUGCAGCAGAGUUAGGAACAAUGCAGGUUUCUGAGCAAACUGACACCUUGAGAGUUCUUGGGGCAGACCCUGUUGAUUAUCUUGUGACACCUAGGGUGAUUGCCUCCUGUAUUGCUUUACCUUUUUUGACCCUUAUGUGCUUCACCGUGGGGAUGGCAUCCAGUGCUCUCUUGGCUGAUAGUGUUUAUGGGGUUAGCAUUAACAUUAUCUUAGAUUCUGCUCAAAGAGCACUUAAAUCUUGGGACAUAAUUAGUGCCAUGAUAAAGUCACAGGUUUUUGGUGCAAUUAUAUCUGUUGUGAGCUGUGCAUGGGGAGUUACCACUCUGGGAGGUGCUAAAGGUGUUGGGGAGUCUACAACUUCGGCUGUGGUUAUCUCACUUGUUGGUAUUUUUAUUGCUGACUUUGCACUCUCUUAUUGCUUCUUCCAAGGAGCUGGAGAUUCACUGAAGAAUUGCUUAUGAACAGUUUUGUUGGUGUGUGAUGUUCAGUUGGAGUUUCUCCAUUAUUAUUUGUUUAUUGAUAAUGCCUACACAUUGCAUAAGCAAAAACGCAUUAUGUAAUUCAUGAUUUAUGGUCAUUCAGCUUGAGCUUCCUUUUUUGGUUAA